ACCUUUGCAUGAUAAUGUAAUCAACAAUUAAAACUAUUAAACUUUGUUCUUAAGUAAAUUCAAUCUCAAAUGGGGUUAAUAAGCAAACCUUCUGCGGUUGCUACUUUGCUGCUUCUUGCAACAUUUCUACCUAGUCUUCAAGUAACAGAGGCGCAAAUUGGUGUAUGUUAUGGAAGAAAUGGGGACAAUCUACCAUCCCAACAAGAAGUGGUUACGAUGUACAAAAAUAAUGGAAUAACACGUAUGAGACUAUAUGAUCCCGACCAAGGAUCCCUCCAAGCCCUUAGAAAUUCAAACAUAGGGCUAAUCCUUGAUGUCCCUACCGACAAAGUCAUCUCACUCGCGAAUGCUGCAAAUGCAAGGACAUGGGUCCAAAACAAUGUAGUCCCUUACGCGUCUAAUGUGAAUUUUCGUUACAUUUCAGUAGGUAACGAAAUCAUGCCUGGUGAGGCCGCGGCAGGAUCGGUCUUACCUGCCAUGCAAAAUGUCCAAAAUGCCCUUAAUGCAGCUAACUUAGGUGGUAAAAUCAAAGUCUCCACAGCAAUCAAGAGUCAGAUUGUUUCGGGUUUCCCACCUUCUGCCGGUGUUUUUACAUCUUCACAAUACAUGAAUCCAAUUGUUAACUUUCUAAAGAGUAACAAUGCUCCUUUAUUAGCCAAUAUCUAUCCAUACUUCUCUUACCUUGGUACUGAUUCUAUAAAACUAGAUUACGCGCUCUUUACUUCACCCAACGUCCAAGUUACUGAUCCAAAUAACGGUUUGAAGUACCAAAACCUAUUUGAUGCACUAGUGGACACGGUGUAUGCUGCAUUGGCAAAGGCUGGAGGCCCUAACGUACCAAUUGUCGUGUCCGAAAGCGGGUGGCCUUCGGCUGGUGGUGAUAGACGUGGUGCUGCUACCUUUGGUAACGCAGGACAGUAUUACAAGGGUUUAAUAGGCCAUUACAAGCAAGGGACUCCCUUGAAGAAAGGAGCAAUUGAGACGUAUUUAUUUGCUAUGUUUGAUGAGAACAGAAAGAGUGGUGGUACUGAGAAUAAUUUUGGACUGUUUAGGCCCAAUAAGCAGCCCAAAUACCAACUCAGUUUCAAUUGAAAUUUAAUUACUCGUAUAUAGUUUUCUGAUAUACUUCGUUCGUAUAAUCGUAUGAUGUUAUAAUCAUCAUAAUGAAUAAGUGAAAUAAUGUUACACAGGCUUUGCCUAAAUAUGUUAUAAGUGUUAUAUACUUUUACUUGUAAUAAUGUUAUUGAUAUUAUGCCCGUCCAAAAAAAGUACUCCGUAUUAUUGAAAUAUUAUGCACUA